AUGCUUGUGGCUUAUUUUCAGAAUCUCCUAGGAACGCAAAGCUCAGGAGUAUCCCCGUUUCCAGUUGAGGAUAUCGGUAACCUCACUACUUUCAGAUGUACUCCUACUUUGAUGGAGCAACUUUUACGAACUCCUACUGAUGAGGAGAUAAGAGACACCAUUGCGUCUAUGCCCAAGAGCAAAGCCCCUGGUCCUGAUGGAUUUCCAGUGGAAUUUUUAUGGGAAGCAUGGGACAUUGUUGGAAAAGAUACAGUGGAUGCAGUGAAGGACUUUUUUUGUCCCAGGUACAGAUCAGAUGACUCAAUUCCGACCAAUCUCGUGCUGUUCGACAGUUUACAAGAAUGUUCUCCUAGAAGUUGGAUUUGGAGGAAUUUGUGUAAGCUUAGAGGAAUAGCCCGUCCCUUUAUAAUAUGUGAAGUUGGUUCAGGUACAACUUGUAGCUUCUGGUAUGAUAAUUGGACGAAUCUGGGACCUCUCUUAGAUAUCAUUGGGGAGUUGGGACCAAGGAUAACCGGGUUGCAUAAGAAUGCGACAGUCUCAGAAGCUAUAAGGAAUGGUGGUUGGUGGAUAUCUACUAGCAGGAGCAGAAAUCAUAUUAUCCAACUCCUGAAACAUUGUUUACCUAACCCUGUUGGUGUUGAUUUGCAGGGAAAUACCACUGAUGAUACUUAUUUGUGGAAGGUAGGUGAGAGUGAGCCCUCAACCAAGUUCUCCACUGCGAAAACAUGGCUGUUUUUAAAUCCGGUGGGACAGAGAGUCGACUGGUGUCAGGCUGUUUGGUUUAAAGGGAGGAUUCCAAGACAUGCUUUCAUCUCUUGGGUCAACUCCCGGGGCCGGCUUCCAACAAAAGAUCGUCUCAUUAGCUGGGGUUUGAAUGUCUCACCACUCUGUCUCCUCUGUAAUGCUCAUGAUGAAUCAAGACAACAUCUGUUCUUUGAUUGCUCGGUUGCCUCUGAAGUGUGGUCUUAUUUCACUUCGAAGGCUAAUGUCUCUGCUCCAACUUCUUUUGAAGCUACUCUUACUUGGCUAAAGAAUCCUUGUCCGGACAACAAUGUGGCGUUGAUUCUUCGUCUAGCAUAUCAAGCAACAGUAUACUCUGUAUGGAAAGAAAGAAACUCUCGGCUUCACAACGCCAUAUCCAAGUCAAUACCAGCGCUAAUCCUAGAAGUCAAGAGCGUCAUUCGGUGUCACUUGGACCCUCUAUCUCGAGCCCAGCGAAUUUCCUCACCGGCGGAUUCCUUCCUCGUUUUAUGGUUUGGAAUGUUUCAUUAAGUAUUAAGUUUGUAACUCCCUUUAUUUAUUUACUUGCUGUAGGUGUAUCUCUUUUGGAGGCAGUUUUCGUAAAAGGGUUCCAACCCCCUUUGGAUAUCUAUAACGAAGGUAUGUGUUAAAAAAAAAAAAAAAAAAACUAUGUAAAAAUAUAUUUAUUUUAAUCUUAUAUUUGUAGUUUUUGGGACAACCCGCCAACCGCAGACAUACCUUGCUAAAAUCCGUAAUCUCGAUAGACUUAAUUGUAAAGACCAUCUUUUAACGGUACACCACAGCCCUAUAUUUUCUAUAUAAAUUAUAUCUUUAGAAAUUUAUUACUUUUAGUAUAGAAAUUUAUUACUUUUUAGUAUAAA